AUGUCCAGCGCAGCCCCUUUCGAUCCUUCACAGCAUCCGCACAGGCGAUGGAACCCGCUCACAGGUUCUCAUGUGCUCUGCUCUCGUAAGUGUCACCGUACGCCGAGCCACGCUACGCUACGCCUUGGCUAGAUGAACCUCGCGUUCUAGAGCAAGCGGGGUCGUGCUGACUGCUGCGUACCCUCCCCCCGGACUGCCAUGUCUAUGCACUCGCAGCGCAUAGGACUCAAAGGCCCUGGCAAGGAGCUCAGGAAGCUGGUGCGGAUGCACACUUACCGGCCUACGAUCCCAAAUGCUACCUGUGCCCAGGCAACGACCGAGCCACUGGAGGAAAGAAUGAAAAGUACGAGGGAACGUAUGUGAGUUGGGCGAGUGGGGGAGAUACGUCACCAUGAGGCUGGACAAAUGGCCCGCAGCACGGUGACUGGGCCGAUGAUGGACGGGAAACGGCAACAGCGGAGUGGUAGUCAUGAAGGCUUCCUGUCCAUGUUGCUCACCCUCACCCGGCACCCGUCGCCCCGUCUUGCAGUUUUUUGAGAAUGACUAUGCCGCAUUGAAGCCUGGCGAUGUGGAGUUCAAGGAAGAAGGUGAGUAUGUGCUGGAGGCGCGUGCGCGGCAGCAUACAGGGCACCAUACUGGUCUGAGUUGACUUGCCUCUUGACCUGCUCUGCAGCUUCUACGUCGCAUCCGCUGCUCAGGUCGACUCCAGCAAGAGGGAGGUGCUACGUCAUCUGCUUUCACCCUUCGCACAACCUCACCAUCGCGCAGCUGACCAGCGCUCCGUACAGCGCCAGUGUGGACAUACUCAGGAUCGUGCAAGCCUGGAAAUCUCUCUACCUUCGCAUACCCUCAGAAAAUCCCUUUGUAAAGUAUGUUCAGAUCUUCGAGAACAAGGGAUCAGCCAUGGGAUGCUCCAAUCCUCAUCCACACGGCCAGAUUUGGUCUCUAGACUACGUACCUCAAGAGCCACAAGUGGAGUUGGAGAACCAAAAGGCAUACGCUUUGGAGCCAGCCAACGCUGCGCCGGAAGUGCUGAGGGGCGCGCGUCUGGAUGCGAAUGGCAAGCCGAGCUUGCUGCUGACAUAUGUUCACCUCGAGCUCAACACGCCCGGAAGGCCUCGUGUGAUCACGCUCAAUGAGCAUUUCGUCGCAGUGGUGCCCUACUGGGCAGUCUGGCCUUUUGAGACGCUCAUCCUGCCAGCCAAGAGGCACAUCAACAGUCUAGCACACAUGACAGAGGAGGAGCUUUCGAGUCUGUCAGACAUUCUCGGACGCACGGCUUGUCGGCUGGACAAUAUUUUCAGCUGCUCCUUUCCCUACUCCAUGGGCAUUCAUCAGAGACCCGUGCCCGCUACGACGACGACGACUGGUCAAAAGGGCGCAUGGGCAACGACAUUCUCGGACUUGGCAGACUUUGCCCAGUUUCACAUUCACUUUUAUCCUCCGCUGCUCAGGAGCGCUACGGUACGCAAAUUCCUGGUCGGAUUCGAAAUGAUGGCGGAACCGCAAAGAGACCUGACGGCUGAGCAAGCUGCGGAGAGGAUACGCAAUUGCAGCGAAGUCCAUUACAGCGUCAAGUGA